UCUCUUAUUCUGAAAAAAAAAACAAGACUUGCAUGUCUUGAGCUUAAAGAUUCUUGUCAUAGAUCUAGAUAUAUAUCUAUCUAGGAUAUAGAUAAAUUAUCUAGGAUACAGAUAAAUGUAGAUCUACGUAAAAUUGCCCGCGACUAGUAAUGUGAAAAACAGAAAUAAUUAUAAGAGAUGGACUGUUAAAAGUUAGAUUCCGUAGGCGACAUCUAUGCACAGAGUACUUCACUAAACUCAAAACAUUUUUAGAACACUUUACAAAGAAGACAAAGAUGAUUACUUUAAAGAUGAAACAAGCCAAAAAGAAUCAAGAUCAAUCAGAACUUGGUACAAAGCGUUUGUCUAUCAGAGACAAGCUUCUCAUUAAAGAAGUCCAAGAAAUGGAAGAAACAUUGCCUGCAACUUGUCAGGUAACCUUUGAUGACCCUAGCUGUUUACAUCAGUUUUCUCUCAUUGUUACUCCUGAUUCUGGUUUUUGGCAAGGUGGACGGUUCAGUUUUUCAGUAUUUGUGCCUGAUGAAUACAAUAUUGUGCCCCCUAAAGUUACAUGCAAUACAAAAUUAUAUCAUCCAAAUAUUACUGAAGUAGGAGAAGUUUGUCUAAGUCUACUUCGUCAAAGUUCGUAUGAUAGUAUGGGUUGGGCACCUACUCGAAAGCUUAAAGAUGUUAUAUGGGGUCUGAAUUCUUUAUUUACAGAUUUAUUAAAUUUUGAUGAUCCUCUGAAUGUGGAAGCAGCUGAACAUUAUGCUAAAGACAAGGAGUCAUUCAAGAUCAAAGUAAAAGAAUUUGUACAGCUACAUGCAAAAAGAUGAUAAUGUUUGUAUAGGUGACUGAUUGUACAUUUUAAUACUAUUAAAUUCUAUUCAAAUGCAGAAAUAGUGCCUGUGGCUUUUAUUUUUUUCAAAGUUUGGGAUAAAAAAAUAACGAAUGAAACAUUACAAUUCUUGUCAAAUAUGAUAUAAUUAUGGGAAUCACAAUUUUAACUAAAAAUAUAUAAAUUGUAUUUAGUCUCAAAAUAUUUAAUAAUGAAUAUUAUUUUUCAUUUAAAAGUUCUUUUUUAUUUACAAAACCAUUAAAGAUUUUUCACUUUUGAAGAAACUGUUACAAAUGUACACAUUCUCUUUCCCAAAAUAUGUAUGCUGACUCUAAAAUAGAUAUUAGUUUUUCAAUAAGAUUUUUAGAUUUUUAUUCAGGUUUUUUAAUUAUUCAAGACCUGUUUUAUUGUACAAAUCAUGCCUGAAGAUUCCAUUAGAUGGAAGUAUUGUAAUGAGAUUUUAAGAGUGAUACUUAUUAUGAUCUCUUUAAUUUAUGUAUGACAAAAGAUUGUCUUCUUCCUUCAGUAUUGAUUAACAACUAACCACUUUCCUAAAAUAAUAACUGAAUAAUAAUGUC